ACCAUGAUCUCCCAUACCAUAGCCCCGCGUUCUUAUCCCUAACUAACCGACUAGAGUAUAUCCAUCAUUCAUAUCGUUCGCAUCCUGAAUCUUCGAUGGCCAACUGGCGCGAAGAGUACCUCGCCGCUCUGGGCAUCAGAGAUGAGCGGGAAAAGGCGAAUACAGCUCUCUACGAUGCCUAUACCCGCCUAGCAGACCGUACUGCCCGCACCGCCGCGACCACAACCCACCAAGAGCAACAACAAGAACAACCACCACCACCGCCAUCCACAAGCUACUCAUCAGUCUCUCCCAAGGUCCCAUCCAGGAAACCCUCUGAGCACGGCCCAUCAACUCCGGACGCUCUCGCGGCCGCGCGGGCCGACUUGUCCGCCGCACAGCGCUCGCGGGCUGAGCUGCAGGAACAACUAUCGCGCACGAGUGCAGAACUAGACAAGUUGAAAAAGAAGAGUGUCCAAGAUAGUCGGCGCAUUACCAUACUAGAGGGAGAGCGGACACAUCUCACGCUGCGGUUAAAGGAUCGGGAUGCGGAGUUGAGAGGGAAGGCGAAGUUGUUGGAUGACCUCCAAGACGAACUGGCCACUCUCAAUCUCCAACUGAACAUGGCAGAGGACCGAUCGAGCAAAUUGCAGCAGGAAAACCAAGAAUUGGUCGAUCGGUGGAUGGCGCGUAUGAAGAAAGAAGCGGAGGCGAUGAACGACGCUUCGAAAUAUUCAUGAUAACGAACUAGAGAGUCAAAUAACUCCAUGACGAUGGCGGUCUUAGCUAAAGCUAAAUAGGUAUGCUUGUCGCCCCGGUGGAAAAGCCCGAGCCUGCAGGGAGACUUGCUAGGCAUACCAUAGUAUAGAUCUACUGGCCU